CACCAAUUACUUCGAAAUCAUUUUUAUAUAAAACCCCAUGCAGUUUUUCCAUUGGAAUGUACGUAAGAGCCAUAGCAAGGCCGAGCGAGGCUAUAAAGACGGCUCUGCCCACCACAUACCGUUCAGAACACUGCACAGUAACAAACUGUUUGUACAACGUUGGCUGCGUUUCGCAGAAAUAGACCAUCAGAAUCAAAUCUAUCCAAGCAAGUUUAAAGUACAGCAGAAUGGCGAAUGUCUACAGAAUUGCAGCUCAUCUGUUACUCGUGUUUGUGUUAGGUAACGUUGGAUGUAUAUUAUCGCAUACAAAAUGCGCAAUAGAUAUUUAUGUACUUUGAUUUUAUGUUCGUGCAAAUAUUUGUAGUUUUUUAGGGUCAAAUAUUUUGUAUUGCGAUGCCUUUUACCUCGCCUUUUCCUGCACAAUAUUGUACAGAUCAUGAGGAUUUUGGACAUUGACACUCGCUAUAACUCAUUGUAGAAGAGUUUUGUACAUGGAGAUGUCGAGUCCAUGAGAAGUUCAUACAUUUAUUAGACUUACCAAGUAGCAAUUGCGAAAAAUGCAUCUAUAUGGAUCCUCCGGUAGGAAUCGAAUAUUGUCGGCCAAUUUUAGUCACGGAUUAAUAUGAAACUCAAUAACUCAUUUCUAUGGAAUGCGUCUUAUUUAUAGCCCAUAAUUCAAAUACGUGUUUAAUAGACUAACGCCUGUAUUCUAAAAUCUCACAAUCAAAGAGUGGAGGUUCAAUCUGAGCUUCUCUUGAGUGUCAAUACUGUUUUUGAAUAUCUGGAGGGUUAGUAGUCACAUAGUAAUAAGGUACUGACCCUCCAGUUAUUCAAAAACAGCACUGACACUCAAGGGAAGCUCAGAUUUACCCUCCACUCUUUGAGUGUGAGUGAGCUGUUAGAAUACAGGCGUUAGUCGGUCGGUCUGCAUAGGCUGGCUAAAUUAAGUUCGACUCCUUCUAUAUUAAACUCAGACAGAAAGUGAUUAUCAAAAUAAAACGAUCAUACUUAGAUCAGGCAUGUUUGCGCCAGAGUAAAAACUUCGGUUUUGCAAAGUCCGGAUAAUUUAGGUUGUAUCUCGAUGGGUAACCCCUAACAUCAAACACCGAACUUGAAUUGUUUUCAGUCAUUGGAUUGUACAACGAUCAGCAUAUAGUAUUUCAGUAUGCGUCACCGCGAGAUAGCAGAUGGUGGGCAACCAACGUUGAUACUGAUAGAAAAUUAAACUAACGCUAUGUUUCCACUAAAUCGGAUGGCUUUCCGCAGCGACGAGAAAAAGCAUCUAUCCGAUACGGAAUGUACAACUUUCAGAAGCUGAGUGAAACAACAUCUCUCCGUUGCAAUAAUUCCUCUGAAAAUAGCGUUCCUAAAAGGUACGGAUAGAUGUCCUUUCACGUCGCUACGGAAACCUAUCUGGUACAGUGACAACGUUGCCGAAAUCUCUCUUUCUCACGAGUAUCAAAUCAUUUUCUGAAAAAAUAUGUUUAAAAUAGUGUUUGUUGUAACAACAAAUGCGGAUCAUUUAACAGUCGGCUGCUAAUUCCUAUCGUUCUUCUACGUCGAUGUAUCUGAAAAAAUAACCCGAUGCAUUUGCGUCAAUGCGCACUUUAUCACUCUUCGAUGUAACAAUUGCACGUAGAGUGGAAUACGGGAAUACGUUAGAGAUUGGUAGCCUGCGUCGCAGUCGCUUUAUUUUAUUGAAUGUUUUGAGGAUUUUAAAUAAAUGGCGGAUUUAUUCAAAAAUCCUCAAAACCUUCAAUAAGAUAAAGCGACUGCUACACAGGCUAUGAGAUUGGGGGCGUAAUAGAUAAAUUCCAUGAUCUUACGUUCUGUCACGUUCAGAAUUUUUUGGCGCAAGACUCUGCGCACGAGUAAAAUUCCGCAUCAGUCUUGUACCGCAUUCUACGCAAAUUAACCUUGCUUCUGUACCGCAUUCUAUGCAAAUUAGUCCUGUUUUUGUACCACAUUCUACGCAAAUUACGUUAGAUAUACCGGUCUCAUCAAAUGGAUUGAUUUAAAAUAUCAUCGAUGUUAAUUCACGUCCUGCCUUGUAGAAUCAUGACGUUCUGAGCGAUACGCUUUUGCCAGAGGCCUCACCUCCUGACGAAAGUUCUUUUCGGAUUUGCCAGGUUGUUUCAAGGUCGAUGUGCAUUACACAACUUUUGCCUAAAACUGUCGCGUGCAACCUGCUUGCAACUUGAGUUGUACUGUGUAAAUCAAGCAUACAACUCACUUACGCUGUUGCAGGCGAGUUGUUGGCUUGAUUUAUACCGUACAACUCAAGUUGUAAGCAAGUUGCAUGCGACAGUUUUGGGUAAAAGUUGUGUAGUGUAAAUCAGACAAUAAAUCGCCUUAACUCGUCCUUGAAUCAUUCUCUUGUAAUUUUCAGUGAACGGCCAUCCCCUUCAAAAACACCGAGAAAAGCGUAUCGUUGGAGGAACGCCCGUCACAAAGCCAGGGAAAUGGCCAUGGAUUGCGACUCUCGUAUUUAACCAAACCCACUAUUGUAGUGGAUCAAUUAUUGACAAGAAAUGGAUCGUCACUACUGCACAUUGUUUUCAUGGUAAGUUCGUUCUAGUGCGAUAUUUUCAGACAGAACACAAGGCAGCUAAUUGUAGAAUAUUGUAGAAUACUACCUACACUGGACCACAACGUUUCGGAUAUAUUUUUCAUGCAGGUAGUUCAGACACAAACCACGGUAGCUUAUUGUAGAAUACUACCUACACUGGACCACCACGUUUGAGAUAUCUUUUUCAGGUAGUUCAGACACAAACCACGACAGCUUAUUGUAGAAUACUACCUACACUGGACCAUCACGUUUGAGAUAUCUUUUUCAGGUAGUUCAGACACAAACCACGACAGCUUAUUGUAGAAUACUACCUACACUGGACCAUCACGUUUGAGAUAUCUUCUUCAGGUACUUCAGACACAAACCACGACAGCUUAUUGUAGAAUACUACCUACACUGGACCAACACGUUUGAGAUAUCUUUUUCAGGUAGUUCAGACACAAACCACGACAACUUAUUGUAGAAUACUACCUACACUGGACCACCACGUUUGAGAUAUCUUUUUCAGGUACUUCAGACACAAACCACGACAGCUUAUUGUAGAAUACUACCUACACUGGACCACCACGUUUGAGAUAUCUUUUCCAGGUAGUUCAGACACAAACCACGACAGCUUAUUGUAGAAUACUAUCUACACUGAACCACCACGUUUGAGAUAUCUUUUUCAGGUAGUUCAGACACAAACCACGACAGCUUAUUGUAGAAUACUACCUACACUGGACCACCACGUUUGAGAUUUCUUUUUCAGGUAGUUCAGACACAAACCACGACAGCUUAUUGUAGAAUACUAUCUACACUGGACCACCACGUUUGAGAUUUCUUUUUCAGGUAGUUCAGACACAAACCACGACAGAAGCUCACAUUCUGUUCAUUUUCAGAUAAUCACAGUUCAACAAAAGCUCGUGAUUGGUUGGUCAAAGUUGGUAAACAUGACAUCAGUAAACAAGAAAGUCAUGAACAAAGUUUGAAAGUGAAACGAAUCAUUCGACAUCCGAACUAUACUAACAUGUGGGACAAGUUCAAGAUUGAUAGACCUGAUGACAAUGACGUAGGUAAGUAGAGAGCUUUACAUUCACUGCGAGUUUUAAAACAUUCGCCAGACUUUCUCUGUCUUGAGUUUGUUGAGUUUCUCACUCGCUGGCGAGUGGAUUUCCCAACAGGCAAUAGCUCAAUUGAUUGGGGAUCCGAGGUACCUAUAUAUACGAUUUAACGUCCUUAUCCGAGAAAGUCUAACCAUUUACUGAUGUCAAUGUAAAGGUAGCUCUUUCUCCACAAUUAUUUUAAGACCUUGAAUAGCGAUCCGACCAAUGAUUGAACUCAACUUGUUGUUCUUAAAGGUUAACUUCGUGCUCUUUUCAUGUUAAUAUCUGUUCAAAUAUAUCAAUGUGUUAAUGUGUGUUUGUGUCUUUAAAUAUUUAUGAAACGUAUAACUAUUGUUGUCUUAAUUCUUGGGUUGGUCUUAAUAUGGGAUUCUUGUCCUAUUGCCCAUAUCUUCAACAUUAUUUCUUCAUCUAUGUGUAUAUUCUUAAAUUUAAUAUCUAUUUGUUCAUGUGGCAAAGGUUGUAAAGUUAAUAAAUAAAUAUAUUUCUUUUCGUUUUCAGCUCUUCUAGAAUUCCUAGGCCACAUCAACUAUACAAGCUAUGCAAAACCAAUCAGACUUUUGGGCGACGGCACAAGAUUUCGCCCUGGUCACAAAUGUAACAUAGCUGGCUGGGGCCAUACACACUUCGAGGGCAAGACUCAAGACAUCUUGCGUGAAGUGGCUGUGGAGCUCGUCUCAAGAAAGAAAUGUAACAGUCCGAUAUCGUACAAUGGGACAGUUCACAACCGAGCAAUAUGCGCAGGGUACGAGGGCGGUGGCCGAGACGCGUGCCAGUACGAUAGUGGUGGACCGCUGUUCUGUAGAAAGGCUGGAAGAUGGUACUUGGUUGGUCAGGUGUCUUGGGGGGAUAAGUGUGGAUUACCGCAUAAAUAUGGAGUAUAUUCGAACAUGCAGCGAUUGACACCGUGGGUAAAAAGUAUCAUAAAAACUCCCCGCAAUAUCCGUAAUCGUCAUGGCUAAAAAUAACCUGUGAACAGGCUCUCCAAAUAAGGACAGUCUACGGCUAAAUACGAAAUAUAAACAGCACGAAUUCUUAUCUGGUUAUAUAUGGUUAAAACUUGUAAAUAUUAUACAAUAUAAUCAAAGGAUAAUUCUGUAAUAUCAAUCUUUCAUUUCAAAAUUACUAUUUUAAAAGAUAUUUUAUAUCGAUUACCAAAUUGUCACAAAAUUCAGCAUACAUCAGGCCCAACAAUCUGCUGAGUGCAAUGAAUGUGUAUCAGUGAUGGGUAUGCUUACAAAUUAUCAUAAUUACAUGUUUGUUAAGUCUAAACUUUGUGAAUAAAUAUUGACAUUUUAUUUCAUUGUUUAUUCCAAUUGAAAGAAAGUAUUAUUGCUUUUGUAGAAUAAUUCGUCUCUGUGUAACCAAAUCACAUGUAAAUUUAAAUGAGAGUGUGGUUGUUAAGUAAUCUUAUUUAAAUACUAAGGCACUGGUUGGCCUCAUUUUUUGAAGCGAAAACUAAAGUAUAGCGAAGUCCUAGGCCCACUUCAAUGCCGCGGGGGCUUCAACUGGACUAUACCAGGGAGAAGCCCCUCAGGACUGGACCACGGCUGAUAAGGUGAUACAUUCCGAACGUACAAUCAACUCCAUAGCUUAGCUGCUGGACUAGAAAGUAUACAUACGAAACUCACAUUCAACCACAGAGCUCAGAGUACAUACCAGAGCUGAAUUGUUGGAGUACAUAGCUAGCUAUAACAUACCUAGUUACUACAUGCCUCAGUUGUUGAACAAGAUCUGUCUGAGAGCAUUGGAAGAUGACGAGGAGUUGGUGAUCGUAGGAAGAUCCAAUGACGGUCGUAAAGAUGAGCCGAGAAGAGCAUUGCCAGUCUCUGAAGAUCU